CUGCCCCGGCAAUAAGUGUCCCCUGGCACGCAGCGCAACAGGGGCUUUGAUGUGUGGUAAUGAGCUUAGUGUCAAAUAAGUGCGGCUAGCUAACAAAACACAAUGCGGCUUUAAAUGAAUCUCCUCGAUUGGCCAACACGUACUGGAAUGCACCACUGAUGCUCGAGACGCGCGCCUCGAUCUCCACGGGACCACAGCAGCAGCACGCCACGUUCUACGAGUUCCGCACGUACCGCGUGGAACCCGCGCAGAACGCCGCCUUCCUGCGGCUGACCAACGAGAAGAUCCACCUGCGCACCGCCCACUCAGAGCUGCUGGGCUACUGGAGCGUGGAGUACGGCGGCCUCAACCAGGUCUUCCACAUCUGGAAGUACGACAGCUAUGCCCAGCGGGCAGCAGUGCGGGCAGCCCUGGCUCAGGACCCAGAGUGGAUCGAGCAGUACAUCUCCAAGGCCAUGCCCAUGCUCGCCUCUCAGGACAAUGAGGUCACCUACCGGGUGCCCUGGAGCCAGCUGGACAGGCCCCCGAAGGAAGGAGGGGUGUACGAGCUGGCCACCUUCCAGAUGAGGCCCGGGGGGCCGGCGGUUUGGGGGGAGGCCUUCCAGGCGGCCGUCACCACCCACGCGAGGCCAGGGUACGCGCACCUGGUGGGGGUGUUCCACAGCGAGGUCGGCCGUCUCAACAGGGUGCACGUGCUGUGGUGGUAUGAGAAUCCAGACCAGAGAGCAGGCAGUCGGCACAAAGCUCACGGAGACGCCAGGGUGGUGGCAGCAGUGAGAGGGAGCGUCACGUACCUGGAGAAACAGAGCAACAAGCUGCUGUUCCCAACCCCGUUCUCCCCCCUCAAGUGAUCCCCCCCCCCCCCACACACCCCAUGGGAGAGGACCAGACGACGAAGCCCAAAUCAAGCUGAAACACGGACCGCCCGUCUACAAACGCUCUGACUUUUUGCCCAGUGUUUGGGCAGCCUGUAGCCUUGUGGCUAAGGUGCUUGACAGGGAAGGUUGGUGGUUCAAACCUCAGCCCCUAACCCCACAUUGCUCCAGGGGGGAUUGGCCCCUGCUUAGUCUAAUCAAAUUCCCUUUGGGUAAAAGUGUCAGCUAAAUAACUGUCAUGUCUUGUAUGUGAAACACCAGAAGAAGAGUCCAUCCAUGUAAAACCAUAGAGCGCUGUACGCUGCAGUCCUCCGGGACUACAGCAAGAUUAAAUCCUUUUUCUAAUAAUAAAAAAACUAAUUACCAGCGAAAGGGACCAGCUAAAUGACAGCUAAUCUGAGGAGCCUAAGUGUGUCUCUGGAGAAAGAGGAUAAACUCAGGUAUCAGCAGUAGGCGGGCUGACCGAAGCAGAUCUGUCUGUCAGAUCCUGUUUUACUGCACGGUGCAUUGUUGUCUCUUUAGGUGAAAGGUUCCACUGACACGGAAUCUUCAUCAAAAUAAUCACACAAACAAUUCCCUUAUAAAGAGGAAGAAUAUUUUUCAUGAAUAAUAAUAAUAAUAUCAAAUUAAUCAUGCACUUGUGUAUUAUAGAAUAUAAAUGUAUAAAUGUAUUUAGAUAUUUUGAAUAUGACCUCAUUAAUAGGUUUUGACCCUUGGCUACGUCAUUAGCUGAUUGCGGAGAUGAGGGCGCUGUUGACGUUAGCCCAACAGGAGUAGUGUAGGUUUGCUUGUGCGAGUCAUUAAAGUUUCCUUGCAUUAUCACUGAUUUGUUUUACAAUAAAAUGAUGUAUUCUUUAAAA